GCCGGCUAGAGCGCGCCGGGGCUUUCGGUACCCCGGGCGUUCUCCGUAGCUUCCCUCUGCUCUCCCCGCCCCUGGGCCUCCGCACUGACGCUGUCCGGGCGGGAGCCGAGCCGGAGUCGGAGUCGGAGCCGGAGCCGCAGAGACGUGGAAACAUGGACGCCUGAGCCGGUGUGCGCCAACCCGGCUGCGGCGGCGACCGCGGCUUGUUCUGUACCCUCUGCCACCCGUUCGUCCGUCCGUGAGCUGGAAGCGGAUCUCUCCGCCGGCUGAGACAGGUUGUCUUGUGGAAAUGAAGGUUUAAGGACAAGUUAUCUACCAGAUUAAAAGAUGGGAUCGAAUAGCAGCAGAAUUGGUGAUCUUCCUAAAAAUGAGUACUUAAAAAAGUUAUCAGGCACAGAAUCUGUCUCUGAGAAUGACCCGUUCUGGAAUCAGCUACUGUCAUUUUCUUUCCCUGCACCAACUAGCAGUACCGAGUUGAAGCUCUUGGAGGAGGCAACCAUUUCAGUCUGCAGGUCUUUAGUUGAAAACAAUCCUCGAACAGGAAACCUUGGUGCACUAAUUAAGGUCUUCCUGUCUAGAACCAAAGAACUAAAACUUUCAGCAGAAUGUCAGAACCACAUCUUCAUUUGGCAGACACACAAUGCUUUGUUUAUUAUUUGCUGUUUGCUGAAAGUGUUCAUUUAUGAGAUGUCAGAGGAAGAGUUACAACUUCAUUUUACUUAUGAAGAAAAAUCUCCUGGCAGUUACAGUUCUGACUCAGAAGAUCUUUUGGAAGAAUUGCUGUGCUGUUUGAUGCAGUUAAUCACUGAUAUUCCACUGUUAGAUAUUACAUAUGAAAUAUCAGUAGAAGCUGUGUCAACAAUGGUGGUCUUCCUUUCCUGCCAACUCUUCCACAAGGAAGUUUUGCGACAGAGCAUCAGUCACAAGUACUUGAUGCGAGGUCGAUGCCUCCCAUAUACCAGCAAACUUGUAAAGACCUUGUUGUAUAACUUCAUCAGGCAAGAAAAGCCGCCUCCUCCAGGAGCACACGUUUUCCCUCAGCAGUCAGAUGCGGGAGGGCUGCUGUAUGGACUGGCAUCAGGAGUAGCAACUGGACUCUGGACUGUUUUCACACUGGGCGGUGUGGGCAGCAAAGCGGCUGCUGCUCCAGAAGUUUCUUCCCCUCUGGCCAACCAGAGUCUCCUGCUUCUGCUGAUUCUGGCCAACCUGACAGAUGCUGCAGAUGCACCAAACCCCUACAGACAGGCCAUCAUGUCCUUUAAGAAUACACAAGAUAGCAGUCCUUUCCCCUCGUCAAUUCCACAUGCUUUCCAGAUUAACUUUAACAGUUUGUAUAUGGCCCUAUGUGAACAGCAGACAUCUGAUCAAGCAACUCUCCUUUUGUAUACAUUGCUCCAUCAGAAUAGUAAUAUUAGAACAUACAUGUUGGCUCGCACAGAUAUGGAAAAUCUUGUUUUACCAAUUCUCGAGAUUCUGUAUCAUGUGGAAGAAAGAAAUUCACACCAUGUCUAUAUGGCCCUUAUAGUAUUGUUGAUCCUUACAGAAGAUGAUGGCUUCAAUAGAUCCAUUCAUGAAGUGAUGUUAAAAAAUAUUACUUGGUAUUCAGAACGGGUUUUAACUGAAAUUUCACUGGGGAGUCUCCUGAUACUGGUUGUAAUAAGAACUAUUCAGUACAACAUGACAAGGACAAGAGACAAGUACCUUCACACAAAUUGUUUGGCAGCUUUAGCAAAUAUGUCGGCACAGUUUCGUUCUCUCCAUCAAUAUGCUGCCCAGAGGAUCAUCAGUUAUACCUGCCGCCACUUGCGGAGAUAUGUUUAUGUGUUGGACAAACUGUAUUUUCCCCACUCUCACUGUUCUACGCUUCAACAUUGCUUCUCGACCCUCAGUGACAAUGGAGAGGAACUCUUGUCUUUAACUUGCUCUCACAUUCUCAGAUCCUAUGCUUCCAGCUUGUUUUCCUUGCUGUCUAAAAAACACAACAAAGUUCUGGAACAAGCCACACAGUCCUUGAGAGGUUCGCUGAGUUCCAAUGAUGUUCCUCUACCAGAUUAUGCACAAGACCUAAAUGUCAUCGAAGAAGUGAUUCGAAUGAUGUUAGAGAUCAUCAACUCCUGCCUGACAAAUUCUCUUCAUCACAAUCCAAAUUUGGUGUAUGCACUUCUUUACAAACGAGAUCUCUUUGAACAAUUUCGAACACAUCCUUCAUUUCAGGAUAUCAUGCAAAAUAUUGAUCUGGUGAUCACCUUCUUUAGCUCGAGGUUGCUACAAGCUGGAGCUGAGCUGUCAGUGGAACGGGUUCUGGAAAUCAUCAAGCAAGGAGUCGUCGCACUGCCCAAGGACAGGCUGAAGAAAUUUCCAGAACUGAAAUUCAAAUAUGUGGAAGAGGAGCAGCCCGAGGAGUUUUUUAUCCCCUAUGUCUGGUCCCUGGUGUACAACUCAGCGGUAGGCCUGUACUGGAACCCUCAGGACAUCCAGCUGUUCACGAUGGAUUCCGACUGAGGACGGGACGCCGUCUCCCACCCUGACCCCCUCCAGCCAAGCAGCCCUUCUAGUUAUUUUCUUUCUGGGGAGCAGAGGUAGACAGAUGCCCUGGUGCGUCUUCUAUUAAAGAGGGUCACACAGUCGUGUUUUCCUUGCACACUUGGGUUUGGAGAAUUGGUGCCAGUUGGCAGUAGAUCACUCAGUUUAGAUUAUAGUGCAAAAAGGGAGGGGAGUUACACAACAAUAAUAAAUGUAAAAACCUGCUAUUUCACAUGCAAUUUUAUUUCUAAACCAAAAAUCUAGAGCUUUUCCAGGAACCUGAUGCCUUAGGCGUAUAACACUGUACCAGUACAUACUUCUUUUUCUUUUCUUUUCUUUUCUUUUUUUCUUUUCCCCCGCUGCAUGUUCAGGAUUUUUGUUUUGGUCAUGUGUGUGUGUGUGUUUCAACAUUGAGAAAUACCAACGUGAAAAGAUGACAAGACAGGAAUUAAUAAGGAAAUGAAGCCGUGUAUGCAUGCAGUUGCCUUUCAGAAGGCCCAUGAUAUAAGCCUGGGCGGUUGGAUAUAAGCCUUUAGAUCCUGGAAUCUUUCCCUCAAAGAAAGAAGUGGCUCCUUCUCAUGAAGCCCGGGUUAGCUUUUUUGUGGAUUUGGCCUCUGAGCUGUAGCUGAAUUAAGUUGGAGUCUAGACUAAUAGGAGAAAAAGGAGACCGAUUUGAUUAAUACAGUAUUCCACAUGAGAGUAAACACAUGUUUUUCUCUCCGCUUCUGACUGUGUUUAGACUCUUUGGGGCCUGUGUGAUCGCAGUUGUCUCCCUGAGCUUCUCUGAGGGAAACAGCCGCUGGGGUCGCCCUGAGCAGAGCAGUGGGCACUGAGGACAGAGGGGACCUGCCUUUCGAGUCACGCUCUAGGUCCAUGGCCACCCCUUCACGGCCUAGUUUCACUCUCAAAGACACAGAAGUAUUUGCUUUUCUGCAUAGGAAGCACAUAAUCCCAGAUGAGACCGACCGAGCACCCGUUUCAGCCUGCCGUUGCCUAAUCUGUAUCGGAGGCAGCUUCUCUCCCCUGUCCCUGUGUCCCCGGCCUGGACGCUGGAGUCAUUUUGGUUCAUCACCAUCUUCUGAGGGUCUGGGAGGAGACAGCUUCUGUCACACCGAGCUCUGGGAAAGGCUGAAAGCAUGACGUGUCAGUGCACGUCCGUGUGGUUUCCGCUCAUGAAAAGCCUGGCCGCUCCAUCACCUCAGCAGCCUCUGAGGUCGGCCAGGCAGUUUCAUCUUCAUCAGGACAGGGGCUGAGACCGAAGCCCCCUGCGGCUGACUGACUGAGGAAGGGCCGUCACUGGCGGGUGGACCCAGGAGGCGUGUGCGGCCUGCCCGCUGCUUCCUCGGCCUCAGGCCUCUGACGUGUCUGCACGAGUGGCUGAGGACUCUGGUUCUUGCCUAAGGUCGCACGGACAGGGCCUCAGACCCGCAGACGAGUCAUGUGAAGCGCUUCUGCGUAGUCUGGCUCGUGGGGAGAGGCAGUGGGAAGGUGGAAGGAGGAAUCCUCCAGUCAGAAAGGGGACAUGAUCGGAUUAUCAUUUCAGGUAGCAAUUAUUUUUAUUUCCUAUAUGGGAACGUGAUAUAUAGCUUUAAUUUGUUUCCAAAGCACUUUGAUCUGCUUUCCUUCAUUUAAACCAAAACACAAUUUUUAAAGGGUCACAUGGAGCAGCUGAGCCCCUGGUAGGACCCCAGAACUAAGAGUCACUGGGCUGCAGGACCGUCAGUUCUUGUGACAGGAGGAGAUAUGGUCCCCCAGAACUUGGUCAUCGAGCGCAAACUACCAAGGAAGCCUUGACGAGGGAGUCCUGCAGUCUCUUCCCCAGGCCACCUGGCUCACCAGGUGCCCCCAAAGCCCCAUUCUCUGGCAGUGUCCUCUCCCUCCCUCCCCGCCACUUUUAAUUAAUCACACAGUAGAAGUGCUCGCUGGCCUAAAAGCUCAGCUGGGGCUACAGCCUCGGAGGAAGUGUGUGAGUACACACUCCCAGACACCACUGCAUCACUGCUUCCACUCUGCAAAUCCGCCAGGAGUCUCCUCUUUAUUUUUGUGGAAGAUUUAUUACAUGACAAUAAAUUUAAACGAUAAACUUGAAUUAUGCUUGCAUUAAUUUGCUUAGAAAUUGUUUGGUUUUCCACAAAGUAAAAAUGUGUAGAAUGAGGCAAUACAGGACCAUCAUGUGUUUGAAUGUAAAUUAACAUCUGAUUUUACCCAAGAUACGGAGCUGUUAUUGCAACGUGUCAUCUCUUCAACAAAGGGUUCUGUCAUAAUAUUUAUUUUUAAAAGAAUGUGCCCCUUUCAAUAGCACCUUUCCUAUCGAGAGUUCAAGGCACUGUGCAAAAAAGCUUCAGAAUUAUAACUCUGGUUCCCACAUCACCCACUGAGGCUGGUGUCACAGGAUCUGUAAACAACAGCCUCGCAAGGUUGGCAUCACAGGAUGGAAGCAAGGCUGUGGAGCAGCUCAAGGACAAAGACAGAGAAAGGAAAGAAAAGAAGAUCCCCGGAGCAUAGAAAGUACACUGCACACACAGUCCUCUCCUUCGGAAGGAAAUCGCAGGAACUGUAGAAGACGGAGAGAGGAAAGAACAUAGGACCAGUGUCAAUCAGAACACUCAGUAGCUUCCUCCAGCUUGUUUAGGGUACCCCCAAGAGGAACGUUUAGUGGGGGGUGCUUUUAGGCCCUAAAUUUCUUAAUAUAUCAUUCUUUAGGCAACAUACUGCCCUGUAGGUUCUGUGGAGCCAGGGUUUUGCAUUAGACGUUGUACCUCUCUGCAUAACUGAGUCACUGCUUUCCAGAGCCAUAAAUUAGAGGUGUGGUACUUUCUGAUACUUUAUAAGCUUGAGUUUGCAAGGUCAACCCCUUGGUCUCUUAAUCUCCUGCUAAGCACUAUGCCUGCAGUUUCUGUAGCUGCCAUUUGAUAUUAGGGGCUGAUCCCUGGGCAUACUGACACCAAAUUCAGGGCUAUUCCAGUGUCCUACGUCGCUUCCAGGAGUCAGGGAGCUUCUAGUCUCUGACAAAGAGCCAUGCUUCCUAUGAAUAUGACACAGCUGAGGAAUGGAUUAUAGCACAAGCCACAGCAAAUAAUGCAUUUUUAUUUUUUAAGAAUUCAAAGCAUAAAAUUUGAUCUCAUUAGGGUACGUCCGUUUGGGAUCUCCCACCCAAAGCCAGGGAGAUUCAUCAGGAGCUCCCCACCCGCUUGAUCAGGUCAUGUAUGGCAACCCCUACCGUCCUGACUUCACAAAGCUAUCAAAAGUGCCAGCUACUCAGACACAGCCUCUGGAAGUAGCAGAAGCUCCCCUCCAGAAGGAAAGCAGUCUCAUACGACUAACCAGGUAAUGCUUCACGAUUCUGUUGGCUCUGGGCUGACUGCAACAAAAUUUUAAAAUAUUUCAUCCAGAUUUCCAAAUUCCCCUUAGCUGGAGGGUUGGUUUGGAUUACCUGGUGCUCCAUUACUAUCAGCAGACUAUCUUUCAUGGGUACUGUGACCCAGCUUCUAAAUCACCUCAGUCACCGAAUGUGGAUUGAGGUGAAACCAGAUUACUAGUGGCCCCAGUGCUUAGCAAAUGUAUGUUCUCUCUGGAGGACAUGAACUGUUACAGACUGAAUGUAUCCUCCAAAUUUCACGUAUUGAGCCCUAACCCCCAGUGUGAUGGUAUGAGUAGGUAGAGCCUUUGGGAAGUAAUUAGGUUUAGGUGAGGUCAUGAUGGUGGAGCCCCAUGAUGAGAUUAGUGCCUUUAUAAGAAGAGACAUGAGAGAAAUCUUUCUCUCCAACAUGUGGAGACACAGCGAAGAGACCACUGUUUAUAAGCCAGGAGGAAAGCCCUCACCAGGAAUGUAAUCAACCAGCACCUUAAUCUUGGACUUUCCAACCUUUUCAUACUUUUCAGAACUGAGAAAUCAAUGUCUCUUGUUUAAGCCACCCAGUCUAUGGUAUUUUGUUAUAACAGCCCAAGCUGACUUAAGACAGGAGCACAACCCAAGGCCUCAAAUUAUUUCUGUUACAAUCAAAUAUCCAGGUAUAUGAGAAGACCAAAUAAUAUAAAUUACAUGAAUUAAAACCAGAGGGAAGGGCUCCCCUGGUGGCACAGUGGUUGAGAGUCCACCUGCUGAUGCAGGGGACGCGGGUUCAUGCCCUGGUCCAGGAAGAUCCUACAUGCCGCGGAGCGGCUGGGCCCGUGAGCCAUGGCCACUGAGCCUGCGCGUCCGGAGCCUGUGUUCCGCAACGGGAGAGGCCACAACAGUGAGAGGCCUGCGUACAGCAAAAAAAAAAAAAAAAAAAAAAAAAUACCAGAGGGGGAAAAUGGGCAUUUUCCAGAUGCCCAUGCUCCAGAUGUCUCACAGAAUUUGAAACACCUGUGCUUUCUGUGUUAAAGGAAAAAAAAGCACGUGCCCAAGAAUUUCAGAGAAUUAGAAACAAUAAAAGGGACCAAGUGGAAAUUCUAGAACUGAAAAAUAUAACAAAAAUGCAGAAUAAUUCAGUGGGUGGGCUCAAGAAGAGGUGAAAAGUCAAAGUUAUAGAAAAUCAAGUUACAGAAAAUUUCAACAACGCAAUUAGAAAACUUGCAAUUCUAUAACUUGAGUAAGGUGAAAAGUCAGAGCAAAACCAGAAUCAAAAAGAUAGGGCUUCCCUGGUGGUGCAGUGGUUAAGAAUCCACCUGCCGAUGCAGGGGACACGGGUUUAAGCCCAGGUCUGGGAAGAUCCCACAUGCCCCAGAGCAACUAAGCCCAUGCACCACAACUACUGAGCCUGUGCUCUAGAGCCCAUGAGCCACAACUACUGAGCCUGUGAGCCACAAUUACUGAGCCCGCGUGCCACAACUACUGAAGCCUGCACACGUAGAGCCCGUGGUCCACAACAAGAGAAGCCACCGCUUGCCGCAACUAGAGAAAGCCCACGUGCAGCAACAAAGACCCACUGCAGCCAAAAAUAAAUAAAUUUUAAAAAGAUAGCAAAUAGAGGGUUAAGAGACAUGAAGGAUACAGUGAGGAUAUCAAAAGCGUAAAAGAGUGGGAUAGUUAAAUAAAUAUUGGCUGAGAACUUUUCCAAAACUCAUGAAAUAUUUCAAACCAUAAAUUCAAGAAGGCCCAACAAAUCGCAAAUGGGAUAAAUAAAACACAAUCCACACCUAGACACAUCACAGUAAAACUGUUGAAAACCAAAGAAAAGGAAAAAUUUUAAAGCUACUGAGGGGUGAGGCAUGGGUAGGAGAGGGAUUACCAUCAAAGGAGCAACAAUUAAACUGACAGCUAACUUCUCAGCAGAAGCAGCCUUUGAAGUGCUGAAAGAAAAUGACUGCCAACCUAGAAUUUUCUAAUUGGGGAAAAUAUCCUGCAAGCAUGCGGAAGAAAUAAAGACAUUUUUACAUAAACAGCUGGAAGAAUUCAUCAGCACACAUACCCUAAAGGAAAAUUAAAAGUAUUCUAAAGGCAGAAGGAAAAUGAUCCCAAAUGUAAGGAUAGAGCUUCAGGAAAGAUUGAAGAGCAAUGAAAAUGAGAAAUGCACAGGUCAACAUAAAUACUAACUACAUAAAAAUAAUUAUGUCUUGUGAAGUUUAAAUAUAUAUCGAAAUGUGCUCAAGUAAAGGUAUAUAGGUGGGGAGGGCUUUAAUAGGGUUUAAGUGUUCUAAGCCCCUUGCAUCAUCCAAGAAGAGAGUUUUUAAAAAUCCAAUUUAAUGUUAGACUUCGAUAAGUGUAGGAUGUGUAUUGUAAUAAAUAUUAGUUAAAAGGUGUAUAACUUUCAAGCCAAUGAGGGAAUAUGGAAUAAUUCAAUGAACAGGUUUAAGAACUGCAAAAGGAGGGAAUAAAAGAAUAGGUGGUACAAAUAGAAAGCAGUUUGUAAGAUAUACAUGAUAAAUCCGUUAUUACAUUAAAUGUAAAUGGACUAACUAACACUCAAGUGUUGACAAAGAUUGUCAGGCUUGAUUUAAAAAGAAUUACCAUAGUAGUUGUAAGAUCUAGGGAUGUAAUGUACAACAUGAUAAAUAUAAUUUAAUACUGCUGUAAGUUAUAUAUGACCAUUGUUAAAAGAAUACAUCCUAAGAGUUCUUAUCACAAGGAAAAAUUUUUUUUUCUAUUCCUUUAAUUUUGUAUCUAUAUGAGAUGAUGGGUGAUCACUAAACUUACUGUGGUAAUCAUUUCAUGGUGUAUGUAAGUCAAAUCAUUAUUCUGUACACUUCAAACUUGUACAGUGCUGUAUGUCAAUUACAUCUCAAUAAAACUUAGAAGAAAAGAAUUUAACAGUAAAAAAUGAAAAUUAAAACAACUAUAUGCUGUUUACAAGAGACACUUUUAAAACAUACUAAUUUUGAGGACUACCCUGGUGACGCAGUGGUUAAGAGUCUGCCUGCCAAUGCAGGGGACACCGGUUUGAGCCCUGGUCCGGGGAGAUCCCACAUGCUGCGGAGCAACUCAGCCUGUGCGCCCAACUACUGAGCCUGCGCUCUAGAGCCUGCGAGCCACAACUACUGAGCCCACAUGCCACAACUACUGAAGCCCACGCGCCUAGAGCCUAUGCCCCACAACAAGAGAAGCCACUGCAAUGAGAAGCCCACACACCACAACAAAGAGUAGCCCCUGCUCUCUGCAACUAGAGAAAGCCCAUGUGCAGCAACGAAGACCCAACGCAGCCAAAAAUAAAUAAUAAAAUUUAAAAAUUUUUUAAAUGAAAUCUAUUAAAAAUUUAAUAAAAAAAUACGAAUUUUGAAAGAAAAGGAUGGAGAAAUAUACACCCAGCAAACAGCAACUAUAAGAAACUGGUGUAUAUAUAUUAAUAUUACAGCAAACUUUAAGGCAAAAACUUUAUUAGAAAUAAAAACAGUCAAUUCAAUACCAGAAAGAGGUAGUAAUUGUAAAUUUUAUGCACUUAGUGAUACAAUCUCAAAAUUAAAAGUUGAUAGAACUAGGAAAUUUUGGCAAAUAUGCAAUCAUAGUGAGAUUUUAACACAUCUAUUUCAGUAAUAGUAAAAACAAGCAUACAAAAAUCAAGUUAUAGAAAAUUUAAACAAUGCAGUUAGAAAACUUGGCCAAAGAGAUACAUGUAGAACACUACAUUCAACAGCUUCCUUUUCAAACACAAAUGGCACAUGUGCCAAAAUUUGUAUGCUGAGCUAUAAAACAAGUCUCAACAAACUUCAAGAGAGUUAAUUCCAAUGAAAUAUGUUCUUUGACCACAAUGCAGUUAAGGUGGAAAUCAGUUACAAAAAGAUAAUGUAAUAAUCCUCAUAUAUUUGGAAGUUAAAUAGAUUUCUAAAUAACCCACCUGUCAAAGAAGAAAUCAUAAAGAUAAUUUGAAUUAUUUCAAACUGAAUAAUGAAAAUACUACAUACUGAAACUUAGGGAGAAGAAAAAUUGUGAGUUGCAACUGAAACUAUGCUUAUAAAUUUAUACCUUUAACUGCAUAUGUUCGAAUAAAAGAAAGGCUGAAAAUCAAUUAUCUGAGCAACCACCUAGAAAUUAAAUUUAAAAAAACAAAUGAAACCCAUAAAUAAAAGCCAAAAUAUAGAACAAAAAUAUACGAUAAAGGGAAUCAAGAAAGUGAAAAGUUGGUUCUUUAAAAGCAUUGACAACCCCGUAACAACACUGAUCGACAAGGAAGGGGAACGAGUGGGAGAGUGGGAGUGGGACAGAGGAAUAGCCGGUAUCAGAAGUGAAAAUGAACGAACUCAUUCAGGUUAGGCAGACGUUAAAAAUAUUUAAGAGGAUGUUAUAGAUACUAGUAAAUUCUAAAUCUAGAUGGAGUGAUGUUUCAGGAGUGUAUACAUAUGUCAUAACUAAUCAAAUUGUGCACUUUACAUAUAUGCAGUUUUUGUAUGUCAAUUAUGCCUCAAUAAAGCUUUGGAUUAAAUGAACAAAUUUCUGUUUUUAAAA